AUGUCGGGAGCUAGCUUCCGGUUGGAGUAUGAAAAGUCCUUGAAGACGUACCACAAUUCCCCAGCUUAUCUCGCGUAUAUUGCCGCGAAAAAUAAAGCUGUAGUAGGCAAUCUGGAAGAAGAGAGUUCCAGUAAAAAGGGUAGCUCACAGAAAGAACAGCAGCAGCAAGAUCGUAGGAUUGAUAUACAGCCUGCUGAGGAUGAAGAAGACCAAGAUGAAGGAUUAUCAGUAAAGCACGUAGCAUACGCGCGAUAUUUGCGCAACCACCGGCUGAUCAACGAAAUAUUUUCUGACACCGUUGUGCCGGACGUAAGGUCCGUUGUUACCACGGCGAGGAUGCAGAUCCUCAAGAAGCAAGUCCAGUCUCUAACAAUGCAUCAAAAGAAGCUUGAAGAUGAGCUGCAACAAAUUGAAGAGAAAUUCGAAGCUAAAAAGCGCAAGUUCAUUGAGAGCAGCGAAGUAUUCCAAGAAGAGCUUAAGAAGCACUGCAAACCUGCUGUGGACGAAGAGACAUUCCAGCGGAUGGUCGAGCGUGCAAUGGAACAAAUGCGACGGGGAAUCAACCCCGCUACGCAACCGCUUGCACAGCUCAACGCCACUGAGAGAAAAGACGAGCCUAUGGAUCAAGACCAAGGACAACUGAAGUCUGAGGCCAAUGGACCAAAUCUACCGACGCAAGUAGACAAAGUUUCGACGACAGAAGUUAAAACUGAAAGUGUUACUACUGAGCUGAAAACCGAGCCGGAGCAUAAGGAAAGGGAGAUGGAAGAUAACGUGACUAACCAUAAUGGACAAGAUAAUGAAGGCGAGCGUAAGGAAGAGAAGCCCGUGGUGAAAUCGGAGAUCAAAGAAGGCCCAACUCCCGGGGCCCCGAUCCUCGGACAAGGUCCACCGGCUCAUCAACCACAGAUCACGUCACCACCGCAUCAUCCUAUGAUGAUGGCAGUGAAUCCUAACGCGCCUGCGCAUCCAGGCCCACCGCAUGGAGGCCCUCCGCCACCGCCAGUGGGCGCUUACGGUGGCGGCUACGGCGGACGGUACUACGGUGGGUACGGGGGCGGGUUCGGUAGCGGCUACGCGCACUACUACGCGGGCGCGGCGCCGGGCGCGCAAGCCCCGCCCGCGCCGCCCCCGCACGCGCACGCGCCCGACCACUACGCGCACCCGCACCACGCGCCGCCACACGCCGCACAUCACGACGUCAAACAGGAAGAUUCACAACCGAAAAAAGAGAACGAAUGA